AUGGAUCAUACUACUUUAAAUGGCAUGCCUAAUGUUAAUAUUGAUGAUGAAAAUCCGGCAACGGGUGAUAAUGUUGAAACGGGUGAUGACACUUUCUUCUCUUCACAAUAUCCUCAACACUCUUCUCAUUUGGGCUUAGGAAAUGAAGAUGGUGGCUACUAUUCAGAUUUGAUGCAUUAUGCAAGAGAUGUAUUCUCACCUAACAAUAUCGGGGGGUCUAAUCAAGUCGAAAAGAGUUCCAAAGAAAGUUCUAAACUUAAACCUGUAGAAAUGAAACGUAAAAAAAGAGCAUCGGCUGGAUCUAUAAAGUUACAGGAGCUUCUAACUGAACAAAAUGUUAUUCAAAAACGUGCUUUAGCAAUAUUAGAGUCAGAUUCCCCUUCUUUUACCCAUAGCCAUUAUUUUAGUAUAAAUGCAUCCGUAACCUUGAUUAACCGAAUGGUCAAUGAUGAAUUAAUGACAAAAUGGAGCGCGUUGUGGUGUUUUGCAAUGAGUUUAUUUGAAGAUGCAGUGAAGAGGGAACUAUUUAUGAGUCUUCCGGAUGAUAGUGGCAGGUUGGCAUGGUUGAACUAUAAGAAAGACGGCAACUAA